AGAAAAUAAAAAAAUGAAAAAAAUGGUGAAGUGGUAGGUGGUGGACAAAGCAGAGCAUGGUCUCUGAUAAAAACUGAUGAAAUAUACUGCGAAGAAAUUCCGGCUACCACUUCCAGCCACACACGGCCCAGCCGGAGCCACGUCUUCCGUUGUUACGAUCUAAAGCCGCACCCACCCAGCAGUCGCGCUCUCCACUGCUCUACUCUACCCAUCGUCCACGGAAUUUUUUUUUUUUUUUCAUUCUACAUGGGAUCUUCAGCGGCCCAAGCAGAUUAUGCUGCAUUUUUAGAGAAGGUGAAAAGAACGAUUUAUCUUGAUAACCUCUCACCACAAGUCACUGAACCUGUCGUGAGGACUGCUCUAAAUCAGUUUGGGGCUGUAAAAAAUGUUCAGUUUAUUCCCAACUACAUGGGACCGAGGAACAUUGCAGAGUGUGCAUUGGUGGAGAUGGAGGACGUAAGGCAGGCUAAAGCUGUUCUAUCUGAGAUUUCCCAAUUUCCCUUCAUGAUGUCUGGGAUGCCCAGGCCAGUGAGGGCACGACCUGCCCAAGUGGAGAUGUUUGAUGAACGCCCAAUAAAGCCCGGUAGAAGGAUUCAGUGUCGUUGGUUGGAAGAAAAUGAUCCUGAUUUUGAGAUAGCUAGGGAAAUGAAGCGUCUUACCAACAAACAUGCUGCUGAAGCUGCAUUCUUACAGAAGAAACAACUACAAGAAGAAGAGAAACUUGCAAAGCAGCAGCUGGACACCCUUAAAGGAAAUUACAAGAAGUAUGAGAUGGUAGAUAGUAUCAUGGCUGAUGGAACUGCUCGUCGCUUAGCACGCCACUAUAAUUUGCGUGUUGCAGAAGAUUGAGAGGCUUUCCUUCUGAGUAAAUGCCAGCACUAGUUGUACAGGGUAUAGCAUAUGCAUAUUAUAGAUCUUUUCGUCUAAAGGGAAUAUUGCGUUAUGAUUGAAGGCUUCAUCUGUAAACGCAUCAGUGCAGUUAGAUGAUCUGCGUAUGAACUCAAAGAACUAGCCUUCUUUUAAACCGUGAUUUUCACAUCACCAGAGAUUAGGUUAGAGCACAGUGGCAUACAAUUUAUGAUCCUAUCUUUUGAAAAACAUCUGGAAUAUGCUUAUAGCACCAAUCCCUCUUUUGCUUUGCU